CCGGCUUCACUUCCUCCCUAGGUCCUUGCAACCUCGCAGGCUCAGGAUCCCAGCAGCCUGCAGCCCGCGGCCACGCCCUUACUUCAGCUUUGCGGGGCCCCAGCCAGACCCCUGACCUUAUCUGGUCUCUGAACUGGAAGGAAGGAGAGGCUCUGACAUAUCAGUCUCCACAGGGAUUCCAGCUGCAGAGGCAGCCUCCUCCCCUCAGGAUGACCUCACCCUCCAGCCCUCCUGCUUUCCGGCUGGAAACAUCAUACGGAUGCCAAGAAGGUGGUCCUGAGGUAGACAGAGAAAAACAUGGGAAUGGGCCACCCCCCAUGGAGUCACCAUUCCAGGGCGAGGACCGGAACUUCUCCCCUGAGAUCAGAGUAAGACUCGACUAUGGAAAGAAAAAGGGAACAGGUGCCAGCCAGCCGGACCCAAACCUCUUUGACCGUGACCGGCUUUUCAGAGUGGUCUCCCGCGGCGUCCCUGAGGAUUUGGCUGGGCUACCAGAAUUCCUGCGCCUGACCAGCAAGUACCUCACUGACACCGAGUUCACAGAGGGCUCCACGGGGAAGACUUGCCUGAUGAAGGCUGUGCUCAACCUUCGGGAUGGGACCAAUGCCUGCAUUCUGCCGCUGCUGCAGAUCGACCGGGACUCUGGCAAUCCCCAGCCCCUGGUCAACAUCCAGUGCAAAGAUGAGUACUACCAAGGCCACAGUGCCCUGCACAUCGCCAUUGAGAAGAGGAGCCUGCAGUGUGUGAAGCUCCUGGUGGAGAAUGGGGCCAAUGUGCAUGCCCAGGCCUGUGGCCACUUCUUCCAAAAGAGCCAAGGGACUUGCUUCUAUUUUGGUGAGCUGCCUCUCUCUCUGGCUGCGUGCACCAAACAGUGGGACAUGGUGACCUAUCUCCUGGAGAACCAGCACCAGCCUGCCAGUUUGCAGGCUGCCGACUCGCACGGCAACACAGUCCUGCAUGCCUUGGUGAUGAUCGCAGACAACUCGAAGGAGAACAGUGAACUGGUAAUCCGCAUGUAUGACAAGCUCCUCCAGGCUGGGGCCCGGCUCUGCCCCUCCGUGCAGCUGGAGGACAUCCCCAACAAGCAGGGCCUCACUCCUUUGAAGCUGGCUGCCAAGGAGGGCAAAAUUGAGAUUUUCAGACACAUCCUGCAGCGGGAGUUCCCAGAGCCGUGCCAAUUCCUUUCCCGCAAGUUCACAGAGUGGUGCUAUGGGCCUGUCCGUGUGUCACUGUAUGACUUGGCCUCUGUGGACACCUGGGAGAAAAAUUCAGUGCUGGAGAUCAUCACCUUUUACUGCAGAAGCCCGGUGAGCUGUGGAGUCGACCGACACAAAAUGGUCGUUUUGGAGCCGCUGAACAAACUUCUGCAGGCGAAAUGGGACCUGCUCAUUUCCAGGUUCUUCUUCAACUUCCUGUGUUACUUGAUCUACAUGUUCAUCUUCACGGCUGUUGCCUACCACCAGCCUACCCUGGAGAAGGUCUUCCUCCCUAUGAAAGUGACUGCGGGAAACUCCAUGCUGCUGCUGGGCCACAUUCUGAUCCUGCUCGGGGGGAUUUACCUCCUCAUGGGCCAGCUGUGGUACUUCUGGAGGCGCCGGUUGUUCAUCUGGACCUCAUUCAUGGACAGCUACUUUGAAAUCCUCUUCUUGAUCCAGGCCCUGCUCACCGUGCUGUCCCAGGUAUUAUGUUUCCUGGCCAAUGAGUGGUACCUGCCCAUUCUUGUGUCCGCUCUGGUGCUGUGCUGGCUGAACCUGCUUUACUAUACACGAGGCUUCCAGCACACUGGCAUCUACAGCGUCAUGAUCCAAAAGGUCAUCCUUCAGGACCUGCUCCGCUUCCUUCUGGUCUACUUAGUCUUCCUUUUUGGCUUCGCUGUAGCCCUGGUGAGCCUGAGCCGGGAGGCCCGGGACCCCGAGGUCCCUGCAGGCCCCAAUGUUACAGAGGCAGUGCAGUCCAGAGCAGGAAAGGCAGAUGAGGAGGGCAGCUCAGUCCCAUAUGAGGGCAUACUGGGCGCCUCCUUGGAGCUCUUCAAAUUCACCAUCGGCAUGGGUGAGCUGGCCUUCCAGGACCAGCUGCGCUUCCGUGGAAUGGUGCUGCUGCUGCUGCUGACCUACGUGAUGCUCACCUACAUCCUGCUGCUCAACAUGCUCAUCGCCCUCAUGAGUGACACUGUCAACAACGUGGCCGAAGACAGCUGGAGCAUCUGGAAGCUUCAGAAAGCCAUCUCUGUCCUGGAGAUGGAGAAUGGCUACUGGUGGUGCAGGAGGAAGAAGCAGCGGGCAGGUGUGUUGCUAACAGUUGGCACCAGGGCAGAUGGCAGCCCCGAUGAGCGCUGGUGCUUCAGGGUAGAAGAAGUGAACUGGGCUUCUUGGGAGAAGACACUGCCCACAGUACGUGAAGAGCCGUCAGGGCCAGACGUCCCUGGCACCACGAAGAGCCCUUCCCUGGCCUCCCAAAGUGGGGAGGACAGUGCCUUGGAGGAAGACUACCUGCCUCUCCAGCUCCUGGAGUCCCGCUGAUGACCCAGAUGCAUGAAGAGGCGGGCAAUGCGCAGCAGGGAAUCUUUUCAGUUAAAACUGCUGGCUCUGGGGCUCCAGGCAACUUUGGUGGCAAAUACAUUUUCAAAUAUAUUUUCUCAUGACUAACUUCCCUGAAAACAUGCUUUGUGCAAUCAUGGCGGGCCUCUGGGAAAGUUGACAUCUGUAUG